AUGUCUACCAUACGUAAUCCCAUCCCCUUCCUGAACAUCACCAUUUCGGCUGUACCUCCCAAUUGUGUCCAGAUGGUCUGUAAAUUCGUUUGCUUUAAUGGCCAAUCAUCGGAAAUCGAUCAGGACAUUGAUAUUGUGGUCAAGAAAAAUGACCAACCCUGCGAUGUCAUUGAGGAGUUACGUUUGUAUAACUACAAAUUUACGGAUAACCGCUUAUACCAUGGCUUCCUGGGUACUUAUACGGAUAAGGUGGAGGCAUUAUAUGUGGCAUCAUCGAAUGUCAGUGACGUGGCUGCGGGUACCUUUGCCGGGGGGAUAUUUCAAAAAAUCUACUUCGAAGAUUUGAAAUUACGAGAAUUGCGUAAAGAUUUCUUUGAGGAUAUCAGUCGGGAUUUUCAACUCCUCUCGAUAAUCCAAAAGGAGAAUCCCUUGCGCGCGGUCAAUGGAGAUUUUUUGGAUUAUGUCAAGUAUCAAAUUAAACAUUUGACCAUGCAAGUGGGCCUGUCGUGUGUUCGCAACAUCACCGGAAGUUCAAAUUUAUUGAAUAAUUUGAUUUAUGUGGAUUUUAGUUACAAUAACUUUAGGGACCAUUUUACGGAUAAGGUAUUCAGCAAGGUAUCGAUGGUCGAGCAUAUUGAUUUGUCCCACUCGAAUUUGGAAUAUUUACCACCCUAUGCGUUUGCGGAUGUUGUGGACACUUUGGAAUAUUUGGAUUUGUCGCACAAUAAGUUGAAGACCCUGACGCAUACGAUUUUCGGUUGGCAUGAAAUUCCGAGGGAAUUGAAAGUCUAUGCCCAUGGUAAUCCGUGGGAAUGUUCGUGUGAUUUGCAGCGGGAAAUGAAAGAGAUUUUUAUUUAUCAAACUACGAAGUUGACAUGUUCCGAACCAGAAUCGUAUGAGCAUUGGUCGCUAUUUGAUGAUCGGAUUUGUGAAGAGUUUGAAACGGAGACUACAAAGAUAUUGGAGGUGGAGAAUAACGAUUCAACGCUGGCCAUUGAAAAGGAGGAGGAACAGGGUGAUGGGGAGAGAGAUGUGGUAAUUUCAACUACGACCUCCACCACGACCACCUUGGUAGCGGAGGAAUUGCCGGACAUUAUAAAUCAAGUACCUCUGCUACCGUCUUUCCCUAUUGUAGUGGAAUUGAAAUGUUGGAUCCCAGAGGCUGAUAAAUCUAAGGAGAAUUAUACGAAUCAGCCUUUGAAGGUUCCCAUUGUGCAGUUUGAGUUGGUACCCAGGGACCACCUAAGUGUAGAUGUGGUUGUGGAAAAAAUUGAAGAAAAUUCAGAUACCAUUGGCCUAAUUUGGUUCAGCAAAGCCACCACCCAAUUUUAUAAAAUGGAAAUCAAUUACAAUGAAUAUGGACUGGGCUGCUACCAUUCGAUAACCUAUACGAACACGGUCACCGAAUUGGUACCCAAUGUGGCCUAUACCUUUUGUAUGAUCAUUAAAGAUCAAUUGAUGAUAUCUCCCUUCAAUUGUAAGUCCAUACAUGUUAGCGGUAAUCUAUCGAUCCAGAGUAGUGCCUGGUUGACCCGAGACAUGAAGGUGACUGGACUUUCGUUGGUCGUUUUUGGUAUUGUCAUGUUCUCCUUUGCUGGGAUUCUGAUGAUUUAUUUGCUGCUCAAGAGGAAACCGAUUCUAUUGAAGGGUAGCAAAAGGGUAACCACCGUGGGUUCGCACAGUGAUGAGAUUGUGGUAAUGCCCCGGGCCAAGUCCAUAAAAGUUAUGAAGGAGAAAGAAAAUGCCCUGGCCAGAAAGAGGUGGGUUCUGAAGAUCAUUUUUUAUAUUCAAAAAAAUUUUACAUUUUCUCUCUUCCCACACAGCUCCAAACCCAUUGUCAUCAAGCGUCGCAAAUCCACCGAUAGCGUGGCCAGCUAUCAAAGCUAUAUGAAUACGAAUCUGUAUGAGGUAAUACCAGCCUAUUCUCAGAUAACCGCCUCACCUACACAAAGUCGCAGCUUCGAUAGCAAUACUUCUUCCUCGCUUUCGUCAACCCUAACCUUGGUUAAUAAUGAUGCCAACGCUGAUUCUCAGGUGGAAAUGCAGUCGUCAGCAAAUCUUCAUCAGCCGAAGACGAAUGACACUUACGAUUUGGAAUCGUGCUAUUUAACACCUCUAAAUAGUACCGUUUCCAGUUCAGCAGAUUUGGUAAAUUAUGCCGAAAUACCAUAUCGUACGAAACGGGUCUCCAAUGAUCCGCUGCCGGCAGUACCGAAGGAGCAAAGGCGCCUGGAAGAGAGUGCCAAUCGAGAUAUUGGUGUCAUUUAUAUGUUGGACAGUCAGGUGUGA